AUGCCUCCCGCAGUCAGAUCCCUCCGGCAGCGCGCUGUCACCAACGAGAAUGAUGAGAACGCUGCUACGACACGCGUGACGCGUGCAAAGGCCGCGACGUUGGGCUCGAAUGUCACUGCUGCCGACGUGCCAAAGAAGACUCUCCAGGCAAAGAAGUCGACCGUUGCUCUGGGAGCCAACGGUGCUGCCCAGACGCGGAAGCGUGCUGCUCUUGGUGACGUCAGCAAUUACACAAAGGCGGAAGUCGGUGCUGGCGCUGAUGCAAAGGAUGGCAAGAAACCCACAGCUACCAAGGGUGGCCUGGUAAAACAAGCAGCAAAGCCCACUGGAGUACAGAAAUCUUCCCGGACCACAACAAAAGCCGCACCCCUCUCAUCCAAAGACAAGAACGGCGUUUCAUCGGCUCAAAAGCGCCCAGGUAGUGGCUCUGGCAUCGCGGCACCCGCAACGAAGAAGCGAAAGGAAGUACCAUUGGCAUUGGUGGAAGAGAAGGUCGAGGAGGUUGAGAACGUCUUGCCAGAAGAGCCGGAGGCUCUUGAGGCCGAGGUCACCAAAGUCAAGAAGACCAAGGUCGAGGUUGUCGAAGAGAUCGAAAAGGCAAUCGUCCCCAAGGAGCACCUUGACCUGGAUAAGGAAGACAUUGAUGACCCAUUGAUGGUCUCGGAGUAUGUCGUCGAGAUUUUCGAAUACUUGAAGGAACUUGAGAUCUCCACCAUGGCCAACCCCGACUACAUGGAUAGCCAGAACGAGCUCGAAUGGAAGAUGCGUGGUAUCCUGGUCGACUGGUUGCUCGAGGUUCACACUCGCUUCCGCCUGCUCCCCGAGACUCUCUUCCUUGCCGUCAACAUCAUCGACCGUUUCCUUUCUGCCAAGAUUGUUCAGCUGGACCGCCUGCAGCUGGUGGGUGUCACCGCCAUGUUCAUUGCCUCCAAGUAUGAGGAGGUCCUCUCACCCCAUGUACAAAAUUUCCGUCACGUCGCCGAUGAUGGCUUUACAGAGGAUGAGAUCCUGAGUGCAGAGCGCUUCGUACUGGCUGCUCUCAACUACGAUCUCAGCUACCCCAACCCCAUGAACUUCCUCCGCCGGAUAUCCAAGGCCGACAACUACGACAUCCAGACCCGUACGUUGGGCAAAUACCUGUUGGAAAUCGGCUGCUUGGACCACCGCUUCCUUGCACACCCUCCAAGUCAGGUUGCCGCUGCUGCCAUGUACCUGGCUCGCCUGUAUCUGGACAAGGGCCCUUGGGAUGCCACUCUCGCGCACUAUGCUGGCUACACUGAGGAGGAGAUCCAGCCUGUUUUGGAUCUCAUGAUCGACUACCUAUCCAGCCCCGUUGUGCACGAGGCUUUCUUUAAGAAAUAUGCUAGCAAGAAGUUCCUCAAAGCAUCCAUCCAUCUCCGCAAGUGGGCUAAGGACUACGUUGCGAGCUUUGGUAAUGUUCUGGCAGAGGAACCCUCCAAGUCCCAAGACUAG